UCCGGUACCACAACACCAGAAAGUACAACAGCAGACACUAUAACUACAGAAAGUACAACUGACUCGACAACAACAGAAAGUACAUCAACAACAGAAAUCACUACCAUUGGCAUCACAACUCCAGAAAGUACUACCACAGAGACCACAACAACAGGAAGCACAACAUCGGACAUUACGACAACAGAAAGUACCACCUUCGGUACCACCACUCUAGAAAGUACAACAGCAGAGACCACAGUAACAACAGACAGCACCACAAUGGAUACUACAACUACAGAAAGCAGCACCACCGGUACCACAACUUCAGAAAGUUCAACAGCAGAAACUUUAACAACAACUGAAAGCAUCACAACAGAUACUACACCUACAGAAAGCACAACUGAAUCCACAACAACAGAAAGUACAACAAUAACAGAAAGCACCACGAUGGGUAGUACAACAACAGAAAGCACUACCAUCGGUACCACAACUCCAGAAAGUACAACAGUGGAAAUCACAACAACAGACGCUAUAACAUCAGAAAGUACCACCACCAUUACCACAACUCCAGAAAGUACAACAGCAGAGACCACAAUAACAACAGACAGCACCACAAUGGAUACUACAACUACAGAAAGCAGCACCACCGGUACCACAACUUCAGAAAGUUCAACAGCAGAAACUUUAACAACAACUGAAAGCAUCACAACAGAUACUACACCUACAGAAAGCACAACUGAAUCCACAAUAACAGAAAGUACCACGAUGGGUAGUACAACAACAGAAAGCACUACCACUGGUACCACAACUUCAGAAAGUACAGCAGCAGACACUACACCAACAGAAAGCACAACAACUGAGGUAACAACAACGGAAAGCAGUACAAUAACAGAAAGUACAACCACCAGUGCCACAACUCCAGAAAGUACAACAACGGAGACGGCAACAUCAGAAAACACCACAACUGAAGGAACAACAGACAGCACCACCACCGGUACCACAAUAGCAGAAAGCACCACAACUCAGAGAACUACAGAAAUGAACACAAAAAGCACCACGACUCCAGAAAGCACCACAAUGGAGACCACAACAACCGAAAGUACAUACACUGGCACCACAACUCCAGAAAGUACUACCACAGAGACGAGAACAACAGAAAGCACCACAACGGACAUUACGACAACAGAAAGUACCACCUCCAGUACCACCACUCUAGAAAGUACAACAGCAGAAAUUUCAACAACAACUGAAAGCAUCACAACUGAGACAACAACAGAAAGUAAAACCUCUGGUACCACAACACCAGAAAGUACAACAUCAGACACUACAACAAUAGAAAGUAAAACAACUGAAACCACCACAACAGAUACUACAACUACAGAGAGCACAACUGAAUCUACAACAACAGAAAGUACCACGACUCCAGAAAGCACCACAACGGAGACCACCACAACAGAAAGUGCAACCACUGGCACCACAACUCCAGAAAUUACUACCACAGAGACCACAACAACAGAAAGCACCACAACGGACAUUACGACAACAGAAAGUACCACCUCCGGUACCACCACUCUAAAAAGUACAACAGCAGAGACCACAAUAACAACAGACAGCACCACAAUGGAUACUACAACAACGGAAAGCACCACCACCAGUGCAACAACUUCAGAAAGUACAACAGCAGAAACUUCAAUAACAACUGAAAGAAUCACAACAGAUACUACACCUACAGAAAGCACAACUGAAUCCACAACAACAGAAAGUACAACAAUAACAGAAAGCACCACGAUGGGUAGUACAACAACAGAAAGCACUACCAUCGGUACAACAACUCCAGAAAGUACAACAGUGGAAAUCACAACAACAGACGCUACAACAUCAGAAAGUACCACCACCAUUACCACAACUCCAGAAAGUACAACAGUGGAAACCACAACAACAGAGACCACAACAGCAGAAAGCACCACAACAAUAGACAGCACCACAAUGGACACUACAACAACAGAAAGCACCACGACUCCAGAAAGCACCACAAUGGAGACCACAACAACAGAAAGCACCACAAUGGAGACAACCACAACAGAAAGUGCAACCACUGGCACCACAACUCCAGAAAGUACUACCACAGAGACCACAACAACAGGAAGCACCACAACGGACAUUACGACAACAGAAAGUACCACCUCCGGUACCACCACUCUAAAAAGUACAACAGCAGAGACCACAAUAACAACAGACAGCACCACAAUGGAUACUACAACAACGGAAAGCACCACCACCAGUGCAACAACUUCAGAAAGUACAACAGCAGAAACUUCAAUAACAACUGAAAGAAUCACAACAGAUACUACACCUACAGAAAGCACAACUGAAUCCACAACAACAGAAAGUACAACAAUAACAGAAAGCACCACGAUGGGUAGUACAACAACAGAAAGCACUACCAUCGGUACCACAACUCCAGAAAGUACAACAGCAGAGACCACAAUAACAACAGACAGCACCACAAUGGAUACUACAACAAUGGAAAGCUCCACCACCGGUGCAACAACUUCAGAAAGUACAACAGCAGAAACUUCAACAACAACUGAAAGAAUCACAACAGAUACUACAACUACAGAAAGCACAACUGAAUCCACAACAACAGAAAGUACAUCAACAACAGAAAGCACUUCCAUCGGUACCACAACUCCAGAAAGUACAACAGUGGAAACCACAACAACAGACACUACAACAUCAGAAAGUACCACCACCAUUACCACAACUCCAGAAAGUACAACAACAGAAAGCACCACAAUGGAUACUACAACAACAGAAAGUGCCAACACCUUUACCACAACUCAAGAAAGUACAACAACAGACGCGACAAAAACAGACAGCACCACUAUUGAUAUAUCAACAAUAGGAAGCACCACCAUCGGUACCACAACUUCAGAAAGUACAACAGCAGACACUACACCAACAGAAAGCACAACAAGUGACAUAACAACAACGGAAAGCACUACAAUAACAGAAAGUACAACCACCAGUACCACAACUCCAGAAAGUACAACUGCAGACACUAGAACAACAGAAAGCACAACAACAGAGACCACAACAACAGAGAGUACCACCAUCGGUACCACAACUUCAGAAAAUACAACGGAGACGGCAACAUCAGAAAGCACCAAAACAGAUGGAACAACAGACAGCACCACCAUCGUAGAAAGUACCGCAACAGAGACCACAACAAGCACCACCAGCAGCACCACAAUUCCAGAAAGAACAACAACAGAUACCACAGCUGCAAAAGCACCACAACAACCAAAAGCACCUUAAGACACUACAAUAGAAAGUAUCACCAAUGGUACCACAACUGCAGAAAGUACAGCACUACAAAGCAUGUAAAAUGUAAAAAUCACUUCAGUGUGUUCGUUACAAAAA